UGUUCUUUCUCUUGUUCUUGUUUCUGCAACUAAUCCAAAUGGGCGAAGAAGCAAGCCGUAUAUUUCAAGAUAUGAAUCUGAAGAAAACGGAUAGAAAUGAAGCUUGGUGCAGUAACAUGAUGGUCAUGGAAGGAAGUAAUAAUAAUGAAAUAUGUGACUCCAUAUCCAUUGAAUCCUCGUUUGAAAACUCAGAAAACUCCAUUUCUUCAAUAUCUUCAUCAGACUUGGUUGAGGAUGCAUCUUCUGCAACAUUAUCAUCUUUAUCACCCAAUGGGCCUCUUUAUGAUCAAUCCGAGAUCAUGACUCAACUACCCAUCAAGAGAGGGCUUUCAAAACAUUAUCAAGGGAAAUCUCAAUCUUUCACAUCUCUAGCAAGCGUGAGAAGCAUAGAGGACCUGCCAAAGAAAGUGAUUCCAUUGUAUAACAGAGCGAAAAUGAAAUCAUGCAAGAGCUAUGGAUGGGGACUAGAUGGUCACAGUAACAAGUCAUAUAGGCCUAAAGCAACGAUAUCAAAGAAGGGUUCCAACCGGGGUGGGUUGUUUUCUGUUUUCCAUAGGUAAGAGUAGUACUUGUACUACUACUCUAGUGAUUGGUGACUGAUUAAUGUAAACCUAACUAGCUAGAAGUAGCUUCCAUCUACUUGCAGAAGAACGUUUCAAAUGUGCGUAAUUACCUGAAAUUAUUGUAGCUUUUAUCAUUCUGCAUUGUAGCAAGAUGGUUUUUGAAUAUAUAACCGGCUUUAGAUGUCAUGAAGAAACCACUGAUCAGCUUACCAUUUUUGAGGAUUGUUUAAAAAAUCAAUCGUCUUCACACAGAGAGAAAG